GGCUCCGGGCUGGGCCGGGCCGGCACCGAGCCGCGCCCGCCUGCUUGAACGCGGGGACCCGAACGGAGGAUGCGGCUCCACCCGCCGGACAGGGCCGGGAAGGGAAGGACCGGCCCGUGAACGGGAAAAAAACGGGGCCGAGAAGGGCCGGGCCGGGCCGGCCACAGCGCUCCGGGCGCGCCGAGAGCGAGCAGCGGCCUGCGGCGGGUGACGGUGACGGCCCCGCCUUCCUCCCCUCCCCUUCCUGCCCUCCUCUUCCUCCCGGCCCUCCCCUCGCGCUCCGGGCUGGGCGGGCUCUCAGGGCGAGCGGCGGGACCGGGCCGGUGCGUCCCGAUGCGGUGCUGACCGAUCCCUCAGGCCGGGUCCCCUCAGGCCCGGUCUCCUCAGGCCCGGCCCCGCUCGGGCCGGCGGCGCCGUGGGAGCAGCAGCGCGGGGCUGAGGGGCGGCCAUGGGCCGCAGCCGCUCCCGGUCACCGCCGCGGCGGGAGCGCCGGCGCUCGCGUUCCACAUCCCGGGACAGGGAGAGGCGGCGGCGGGAGCGAUCGCGGUCCCGGGACAGGGACAGGAGGAGGAGCCGGUCCCGCUCCCCACACCGGAGGCGAUCCAGCAGGUCCCCACGCCGGCACCGCUCCAGCUCCUCGUCGCCAGUGCGGCCCAAGGAGCGCCGGGAUGAGGAGAAGAAGGAGCUCAAGGACUCCAAGAAGGAGCGGCAGAUCACAGAGGAGGAUUUGCAGGGCAAGACAGAGGAGGAGAUCGAGAUGAUGAAGAUGAUGGGUUUUGCCUCGUUCGAUACCACCAAGGGGAAGAAGGUAGACGGCGCUGCCAAUGCCUACGCCAUCAACGUGUCCCAGAAGAGGAAGUACAGGCAGUACAUGAACAGAAAAGGAGGAUUCAACAGGCCCCUGGAUUUCAUCGCCUGACACUGGCACACAGCUCCCACCACAGAAGGAUUUUGCUUCCCUGCACUCUCCUGGGUGGCUCCCAUACUGGAUUCCAGCAGAAUUUGGGUUAUUCCCAACAAAUCCCACAGCCAGAGCCACCACGAGUUUUCGUUUCCCAGAUGUUUGUUAUUAUUUUUUUUACAACAGAGGUCAGUUUCUGGCUGGGAUUUUGCUGUGUUCUCCCUGGUUUUGGUUUGUUUCCCUGUUAAUAAAACCCCGGAUGUAUUUUUUUCCUUUAA